CCCACCCACAGGCCUGCUCCGAUUUGCUGGCCCACCAGAAGCACCUGACAGUGGGUCUGCCCCCGGAGCCCCGAGAGAAGACCAUCACGGCCCCCAUUCCUCUGGACCAACUUGCAUCCAUCAUUGACGAGGCCAGCGACAACAACAUCAGCGUGGCCAUUCUCACCCAGGAGAUCAUGGUGUACCUGGCCAUGAGCAUCAGGACGCAGCCCAACCUGUUCAGCGAGAUGUUCCGUCUCCGCAUCGGGCUCAUCAUCCAGGUCAUGGCCACGGAGCUGGCCCAGUCACUCAACUGCUCCGGCGAGGAGGCCACGGAAAGCCUGAUGAGUCUCAGCCCCUCGGAGCUGAAGAACCUCCUGUACCACAUCCUGAGCGGGAAGGAGUUCGGCGUGGAGCGCAGCGUGAGAGACGCGGACAGCGGCGUCGGCACUGCCAUCUCCAUCCAUCACCUCGGCAACGUGGGCGCCACCAAGAGCGAGAGGGCGGGAAUAAGCAAGCUCAAGAGUGACAUGAAGAUGGUAGGAAGCAAACCUCAGCGCCGGCGUUAGCAUUUUGCCACUAGCAUUGGCCGUCUACUCACAGACAGACUAAUUACAGUUGUGCCUCUCUACUUACGAACGUCUCUUCAUACGA